GAGAUCUGUCCGUUCUGUUCUGCGCCAUUUUGCUAUAUUAAUAGGAAGUUGUUGACAAGUGGCAUUCUGUCUGUAAGUUCCUAUUUUUAACAGGAAACGAAAAAAUGGGAUCAUCUAGACACCGUGACAAAAGCAGGGACCGAGAUCGCGACCGUGAUCGUGACAGGGACCGUGACCGAGGUGAUAGAGACAGGGACAGAGAUCGUGAUCGUCACAGGCGUCGCAGCCGCGACAGAGACCGUGAUCGGGAUCGUCACCGGGAAAGGGACAGGGAUCGUGAUCGCAGAGAUCGAGACCGGUCCCGCAGUCGGGAGAGACGAAGGGAGAAAACGCCUCCGGAGCCUGAUGGCGAGAAAUUGAUUGCCGACACCUUGGCCACUAUUGCUGCCACAAGAAAUUUUGCCUCCUUGGUGUCACAGAAAGAUGGGGAAAACUCUAAUCACUCCACGGGGAGUCAAGAAGAUGAAAGAAAACGCAAGAAAAGAUCAAGAUGGGGAGGAAGUGAACAUGAAAAGAUCUUUAUACCAGGAAUGCCAACAAUUUUGCCACCCAAUCUUAACAAGGACCAGGAGCAGGCAUAUUUACUUCAGCUGCAGAUCGAGGAAGUUAGUAGAAAGCUCCGUUCCGGCGACCUGGGGAUACCCGCCAAUCCAGAAGAAAGAUCGCCAUCUCCCGAGCCAAUUUACAGCAGCGAUGGCAAGAGGUUGAACACCAGAGAAUUUAGAACCAGGAAACGUUUAGAAGAGGCUCGUCAUUCGCUUGUACUGAAGAUGCAGAGUAUCAAUCCGGAAUUUAAGCCUCCAUUGGACUAUAAACCUCCUGUAAUUCGUGUCAGCGACAAAGUUAUGAUUCCUCAAGAAGAACAUCCUGAGAUUAAUUUUGUUGGCCUGCUGAUUGGUCCAAGAGGAAAUACACUUAAAACAAUGGAAAAAGAGACAGGAGCCAAGAUUAUAAUUCGCGGUAAAGGAAGUGUAAAAGAAGGUAAAGUGGGCCGAAAAGAUGGACAACCAUUGCCUGGAGAGGACGAGCCUCUUCACGCUUAUAUCACGGCAACAAAUCCGGAAUGUGUGAAAAAAGCUGUUGAAAGGAUCAAAGAAGUAAUUCGUCAAGGCGUGGAAGUACCUGAAAACCAAAACGACUUAAGAAGGAUGCAACUUAGAGAAUUGGCCCAACUGAAUGGUACAUUAAGAGAAAAUGAUGGUAUGAGGUGUAACAAUUGUGGAGCAACAGAUCACAAAUCAUGGCUGUGUCCUGACAAACCAAAUGUAACCAACAACAUCGUGUGCUCCAGUUGUGGUGCUGCUGGCCAUAUCGCCCGCGAUUGUCGUCAAAAACGACCGGGUCAAGGUGGACCGCCCCUCCCGGGUGAUCGUGCUAAAAUUGAUGAGGAAUACAUGUCACUCAUGGCAGAGCUAGGCGAGGGACCACCGCCCGAGCAACAACAGCAACAACAAACCAAUGGCACCAAUAUAAUGAAAAAGACAACGCCUAGCUUCAACAUGUUUGAACAGCAAAUGGCACCCAGACCUUUAAUGGCUCCUCCAAUGAUGCCUCCAGGUAGUCAGAUGCCUCCAAUGCCCCCAAUGAAUGGAAUGGCUCCACCUCCUUGGAGUGGAGGAGCCCCUCAUCAAGCCAUGUCCUGGCAACCUGGUCCCCCAGGUAUUUUACCACCACCUCCUCCACCAGGAGCCUCAAGUCCCCCACAGAUGAUGUCGUGGAUGCCUUCACAGCAGCCUCCGCCGCCAGGAGCGGGUACACCUGGUAAUUUGCCCCCUCCAAAUGCUCCAUGGCAGAAUAUGCCACCGUUUCCGUGGCCACCUAGCAGUUGUCCACCUCCGCCGCCUCCAGGCAUAGACGUUAAUCUACUGACCGCACCACCACCGCCACCACCCUCGUAAGCUAUUGGUGUGCGACUUUCAAAUUCGAUUACGUUAUUAUGUGUUUCUUCAAUUAUUCAAAAUUGAGAGACUGAUUUAUAUCAGUUUUAUGUAUAAUUUUAAUUACAUAAUGUAAUAAUUGAUUAAUAAAAGCAUACCAUAAUAAUUUGUA